UGGCUCAGUGCUGUUAUCAUUAAAUUCUUGUACUUGUUAUCAGUUGAAGUAGCUAGCCGUUGAAAAACAUAAUUUUUAGUUUGUUCAACAUUCUGUGUCGAAAAAAAUGACGGAUGAUGUGAAAAGGUUUUUUCACAAUAUGCUGCAACGGGUCAACGGCUUACACUGCGUCAUGGUGACCGAUCGGGAUGGGGUGCCUCUUAUCAAGCUGGAAAAGGAAAAAUCCACGGAAAUUGUGAUGAAACCGCCAUUUUUGUCUACAUUUACCCUCGCGGCCGAACAGUCUAACAAACUUGGGCUCGGGAGGAACCGUAACAUCAUCUCCGUGUACGCCGACUAUCAAGUGGUGCAGAUGAAUAAACUUCCCCUCGUGGUGACAUUCAUCGGAGCACAAAACUGCAACAUUGGUCACAUAUUAGCAAUGGACCAACAAAUCGACACGAUGCUGGAGGAACUCAAAACGGCCGUCACCGAUUCGUGAAUGAAGGAAUUUUCUCUCAAUGAAUCACUCUAUGUAAGUAAAAAAUUAUAAGCUCUUCAUUAAA